UAAAAAGGUACUGCAUAAUAAUGAAUGCCCCAGCCAGUUGGUCAAACAAUUAAUGUAGGCCUAAACAUUUUCACAAAUCUUACUUUUUCUUCUCAGUAAAACUUUUUAUAGGCCAUAGAAGAUACGCAUAAUAACAUGGUUUAUGGACCGUAAUUAUAAAUCCAGCUCAGAGGCUUUUGUUUUUCUUUCAAUUUUGAUCGUGUCCAGUUUGUGUGCACAUCAUCCGAUCCCUCAGGUGCCUUCAUGUGAAAACAACGACACCAGCGCCAUCUACUGGACGUGUUAGUGUAAUCACUGCUUUCUGUAUACAGGUUUACCUACACGAGCAGAGCUGUUACCUGAUUGGCGCACACAGUCAUCGUCUUUGUGUGCAUCAGUGAUGAUUAUAGAUUAGACAUAUCCAAAACGAUAGUACGAUUAGCUACCGAGUAUUUCCCAUUUCAUUCCCUCAUCUACGACCGUCGAGAGACUGUGGCGUGAAGAAGCGAAUAUGACCAUAAGGAAUGUACGGGACCAUGGGCAGCGUUACAGACCGCGUAUGGCAUGCCUGAAGAAGGGGUCAGCCGCAGCCCCUUCAGACCUUAAAUCAGCAGGGAGGACUUCACAGCGGAAUAAUUUAGUGAGAUGUGCACGCAGGCUGCCACAAGGUGGAGGCUGUGGUGUUGGAGAUGCAAGACCCCAAAACUGGUGUGAAAUCUCAGACCCAGAGGCUUGUUAUCACAACCAUCCCACAUGCUAUAACAGGGGAAGAUAUUGUUGCAUGGAUCGCUAAUCGAUUCAAAAUAGAUGCUAUGGAGGCCCGAGCUAUGGGGACCAUGAUGGUGGCGUUUGGGUACAUCUAUCCACUACAAGAUCAUAAGAGACUUAUACUUAAACCAGACACAUCCCUGUAUCGCUUUCAGACACCAUAUUUUUGGCCUGCACAGCAAUGGCCAGUGGAAGACACAGACUAUGCAAUCUAUUUGGCAAAGAGAAAUAUACGCAAGAAAGGGAUGUUGGAGCUGUAUGAACAGGAAGAGUACAACAAUCUUUACAAAUGGAUGAAUCACAAGUGGGAUUUUAUUGUAAUGCAGGCCAAAGAGCAGUACAGGGCGGGUAAGGAGAGGAAGAAGCCGGACCGUGUGGUUUUUGAUUGUCAGGAACGGGCCUACUGGGUUGUGCAUCGGCCACCGCCAGGAACAGUUAGUGCCAUGGACUAUGGCCGCGAGAGGAUGGUUGACCCCAAUUUGAAGGAGAAAAAAACACCUGACUACUACAGAAGAAUUAUUAUGUUCAUUCAGCAGUCUAUCAUGAGACCAAGGGUGAAGUCAUCUGUGUCGAUUGGAGCAAUUGUUAAGUACGCAACAACAUGCAGAGAGCAUGACCCCUUUCUAUACCCCUGCCUCCCAAGCAACCCCUGGUUAACAGAUGAUAUUACAUACUGGAACCUGAACAUGCCAAAUGUUGAGAUCCCUACUAAAAUGAGAGUGGAGCGCUGGACUUUCAGCUUUGGAGAAUUGCUUACUGACCCUCGGGGAAGGGCUGACUUUCGCCUCUUCCUUAAAAAGGAGUUCAGUGGUGAGAAUCUUGCCUUCUGGGAGGCAUGUGAGGAUCUGAAAUGGGGUACUGCAGCGACAAUGAAAGAAAAAGCUCAGCAAAUAUACAAGACCUUUUUGGCUCGCGGAGCUCCACGUUGGAUCAACAUUGAUGGCAAAACAAUGGACGUAACAGUGAAAGGUUUGGCACAUCCUCAUCGUUAUGUACUGGAUGCUGCCCAGACUCACAUUUAUAUGCUCAUGAAAAAGGAUUCAUAUGGGCGAUAUCUCAAGUCCCCGGUGUUCAAGGAAACUCAGAAGAAGGCCAUUGCUCCCGAAGCACACAGAUUCAGUGAUGCACAGUUGGAGCAGAAUGCCAAGAGAAGGCGGCCCAGUCUGAGUCCCAUCAUCCUGAGACAGCAGGAGGAAGAACAGAAGGCCAAACUUGCAGCAACUGGACCAGUGGACAUCACACAGCUCUGCCGGUUCACAGCACCUGUGCCUCAUCUGGCCGUGUAUACAGGCUUUUGUGAAGCUCAAUCUACUGCCUCCCCUGGGCUCAUGACACUGCCCAACAGUGCCGCCUGCCCGUCUCCCAUCAGCGUCGCCAUCGACAGUACUCCAGCCUCAGAGAGGAGGUUUGAUGGCAACGGGGGGCCUUCCUCCUCCCAUUUCCCAUCUAUUGCAGAGGCAUCAGUGUCAGAGGAAGAUAACCAGCCACCUGCCCCUAAGUCUCGAAUGGCUCUGUCACUGAGCAGAUUCCUCCGCAGAGGAUGCAACGCUCCGUCUGUCUUUGCCAGCCUAUCCCCGAAAUGUGGUGUGGCUUCAGGGGGAGGCAAAGUACAACCGUUAGGAGUGGAGCCCCUCACACAACCCCAGCCCAGAAGAAUUGCAAACUUUUUUCAAAUCAAAGUUGACAUCCCACCUGAAUGCCGCAUCUACCCCAUUGAUUCAGAAGAUGAGGAGGAUGACAGUCCUGAUACAGCAAGAGGAGGUGUGAAAGAAAUCAUAUGCCCAUGGGAAACUGUCACCAAACAAGAUGGAGCUGGAUAGAAGAGCCGUAGACGAUUUAGUACACUCUUAAAAAUAAAGGUUCCAAUAGAGGGUUUUUGCAGCAAUGCCAUUAAAGAACCAUUUUUAAUGAACCUUUCAGUGAUCAGUUCUUAAAAGAACCCCUUUUUUUAGUUUGAAGAACAUGCAUUUUAAAAAUCUAAAGAACCUUUUUCCACUAUAAAGAACCUUUUGCGGAAUGAAAAGUUUCCAUGGGUGUCACAGGUACUUCAUGGAACCAUGGAUGCCAAUAAAGAACAUUUAUUUUUAAGAGUGUAGAGAGGAAGUAAAUACACUGAACCAACACUUGUGUCAUUAAUAUUUUGUCUUACAAUCCCGAGAAGGCUGUGGUUAGUAAUGUAUGAAGUAACCUCAUCUCUAACUGACUCGUCUGUUAUUUUUGAUAGCUUUUAGGUAGUGCCUACAUGUUAUUGUAGCCAAUGAAAUGAUUUGGUUAUGAUGUUUAAAUGUUAGUUUUAUAUACAUAAAUUCGUAUUCUGAUGUCACUGUUCUUUUAUGACUGAAGGGGCCUUAUUUUAAGAGAUUUUGUUUAUUUAACUGUCAUCAGUUUGGUUAGUGGUGAAAACAAAAGAUUUUGUACUUGGCUUGUUCACUGUUUUAUAUAGCUGCAAAACAUGCAUAAAUGUGAAUCGCUUUUAAAAAUGUUAUUUUCAUAGGAGUAAAUCUAGUAAGGCAGUAAAACAGAAUGUGGAUGCACAUUUGCUGUCUGAAUGUUUAACCUUCAAAAUGUUUACAGAAUGUAAAUUUGUUCAUGACUCAUGUUUAAAUUGUGUAAGUGCCUCAAUAAAUCAUUUCAAAGUUA